AGGCGUCGCAUGCGCACUGUCCAUAUUCUGACCAAGAACCGCCCAUUAGACCGGAAGAAAUCAUUGUGACCGACAUGUAAAGCAACCAAUCAUGGUUCGCUUUUAAAACUACAGUUCGUUUUUAGGGGCGGGUAAAUCUGAAAUCAAAGAUAAUAAUGGCUCAGGAGUCUCCGCAAAAUGUUGUACAGACCAAACCAAAGAAAGUGGAAAAUGGCUGUUUGCUUUGUGGUAGGGACUUCUAUCCAUCCAAAUGUAAUAAGCACCGACUGUAUCACGGACACAAGUCUGAAAACAAAGCGGAUCAUACGGUUGUGUUGGAGGAAUUAGUUGGCAAACUUCAGGACACGACUCUGGCCAUCUGCGGCAUCUGCAGAACUCUGUUAUUGAGGUACGAUCGCGUGUCCAAAGACGCAGAGAGAAUAAAAUGUCUUAUUAAAGAUACGUGGAAGAAGAUGAGAGAGAAACGAUGUGCGGAGUCAACGCCUUCACUGGAGGUGAAGAGACGACGAGAACUGAUGGACACAGAAGCACAUGAUGAUGGUGAUGAGGACAACAGCAACACUGCCUCCACCUCACUACAUUCCGCUGACACCAAUGCAGCAAAGGAGAAACUUAAAACGGCAUUAAAACCACUGCAGGCAAAGCUGAGAAUAUUUCAGGAGUUUCAAAAGACUUCACUUCAAACUGCAGAACAUAUUAAGUUUCAGGCUCAAUACACAGAGAAAUUGAUCAAGGACGAGUUUGUGAAACUUCGCCAAAGUUUAUGUAAUGAAGAGGCGGCCAGGAAAAAAGCACUGAAGGAGGAAGAAGAGCAAAAGAGUCAGAUGAUGAGGAAGAAGAUUGAGAAGAUUAGCAGAGAGAUUUCUUCUCUUUCUGCCACAAUCACAGCUAUAGAGGAGGAGAUGAAAGCUGAAGAUGCUUUAUUCCUACAAAACUACGAGGCCACUAUGAAAAGAGUUUCCCAGUGUAGACCGCCGGAUCCAGAGAACAUUUCCGGAGUUCUGAUCAAUGUGUCGAAACACCUGAGCAACCUGAAGUUUACUGUGUUACAGAAGAUGCAGAAAACUGUUGAAUACACUCCUGUGACCUUUGACCCCAACACUGCUCACUGUAACCUCAUCCUGUCUGAUGAUCUGACCAGUGUGAGAUACAGCGACGAGGAACAGACACUUCCUGAUAAUCCAGAGAGGUUCGACAUGUUUGCGUGUGUUCUUGGCUCAGAGGGCUUUGACUCCGGGUCUCACUGCUGGGAUGUUGAGGUCGGAGACAGUACAGGCUGGUUCCUCGGAGUGAUGAAUGAAUCCGCUCAGAGGAGGAAUAAAAUAUUCUCAAGGAGUGGAAUCUGGCUGGUGGGGCAUUUCUGUGGUGAAUAUAAAGCACAUAUACCACCUCAAUCACCAACUCUCCUCCCGGUGAAAGAGAAACUGCAGAGGAUCAGAGUUCAUCUGGACUGGGACAGUGGAAAGCUGUCGUUCUCUGACCCUCUUACCGACACACACAUACACUCUUUCACACACACAUUUACUGAAAGAUUAUUUCCAUUUUUCGGUGUUGGCUGUAAUAUUUCUCCUCUACAGAUCUUACCUGUAAAAAUGACUCUAAUACAGUCUAAUUAGUGGUGAAAAAUCUCUUUUUCAGUAUUUUGACCUGUUUUAAAACUUUUUCAGAUGUGAGAAUGGUCUGCAGUGAAUACAAGCAUUCAUUUUAAUAUUCUUUUGCUGAGACAAACUUGAACACAUGUAGUUCACCAUUACAUGACUGUAACCUUAAUAUCUCUACCUCAUUCAUUCAUUCAUUCAUUCAUUUGUUGUGUUAAAAUAAAUCUAAACUUUAAAUUA